UUGAAUGAAUAAAAAUAAACAUGUUGUAGGUAAGUCAGCGACAACAUCAGUGCCGUCAAUCUCUAUAAAGUUCCACGCUAAUGCUGAACAACUUGAAGAAAUCCACACAGAUGAUGAUGAAUCUGUCACCACCAGUUCCCAUGACAAAGGUGACAAGUCGCCCAGGCCUUCAUCAACUCCUGUCAGUAUCAAUGACUCGGAGAGCAGUCCAUUGAAGUACUUUCCAAAACUAGUGAAAAGAUCAACAAGUAUAGAUGUGUCAACGCAGCAACAAGAUAAACAACUUACAGCAGACUCUUCACCAUCAUCAGAUCCAUGGAGGUUCUUUUCUGACAUUAAGGGUAAGAUAACGAAAAGUGUAGAGGAGAAAAUAACAGAAAUAAAAAGUAGAAAUCAGGAGGAAGGUUCUCCGCAUCACAAAGGGAAGACGAUAUCCGAACUGAAAGCAACGAAGGAUAGCAAAGAAAAUUCGAGCGUGUCCGACUCUGAAGAUCUAUCUGAGAGUAGUAUCUCAAGGACAUGUGGGAUGCUCUCCACUACUGAAGCCGCAUUAAUUUUGUUUUGGCGAAGUUGUGCGUCAGUUGUUAUCGGACCAGCCCUAUAAACCAUCCCUUUAAGUUCUCCCCAAUACCAGAAAUCCAUUGGAUUGAGGUCAGGAGAUCUUGCUGGCCAUCUUCGAGGAUCAGGACCAUUUCGACCGAUCCAGCGAUUUGGAUAAUACUGAAUGACGCCUCUAAAAAUGUGUGGUGGUGCCCCGUAAUGAAGAAACCACAAAUUCUGUCUCCGUUGUAAUGACAUGUUAUCUAAGGUCUGUUCCAAAAGUUCUGGUAGGUCAUUGGCUAGAAAGGUAAGGUAUCCUUCUCCUGACAACUUUGGGGGUAACUCGAAAUGGCCAAUUACCUGAUCGUCAAGAAUACCCGCCCAAAUAUUUAUUUUAAAACAUUGUUGGAAAUGACCUUCAAUGAGGAUUUUCUUGGGCCCACGUGCGUGGAAAUGUCUAGCGACGAGGAAGACACGCCGUCGAUCGAUAGUAAGGAGGCAGGCGCCUCGACGAGCUUGCGUCAGAGAUUCCGAUUCCUUAGGGGUAGCGGGGGCGGCGUAGCCGUAGGAGGGCACAAAACUACGUCUGCAUCGGCUGCUGCCGAAUCCGAGGGCACAAUCAGGGUGAAGGACCUCUCGAAGUUAUACAAUAUCAACGCUGAGAAGGUGGAACAGGUGCUGCCAGAAGAGGAGGACGGCGAAGCCGGCGAAGGUGUCGAGAGCGCCGUCGAUGCGUUGCAAGAGGAUGACAUCGAACGUACAGAUAUGGAUACGGUUCACGUUCAGGUGAGCAGCGAAUCAAUUUUGAAAGCAGUUUCAGAAAAGUACGACAAUAUAUAUGUGGACCAGGAGAAUGUAGUGACGGUGAAAGAAGUGACAGGCAGAGAGAUCAGAGAAGAUUUCCUCCUGAGUCGCGAUAGAACGGCGACGACGACGGCAGACGAAAAGCCAAGGACGUUGUUUGCACCCACAGGAUUCGUCGAUUUCAGGCCGCUUGGACCACCCGUUCUACCUACUACAAAUAUUAACAGAAACAGCUAUUUAUAUUACGCGUUAGGUGUAGCUUUGGUAUGCGUAUACCUUCUGAUGUACCAGUUGUCACCAUUCUUUUCCGGAUUGGCGUUUGGACUGAUGAUUUCCUUCUUGACGUUUGAAAUCUACAUGAAGCUAAAUCCGGUUAUUGCAAGCAUUCCUGCCAAACAAUUACCAUCUACCAAAAAACAUAUUGACCCCAACACUGAUAGAAUUCUAGAAAUACAGGCUGUGAAAGAGUAUCAACCACUCUUGAAGUAUGAGGGUUGGGUGAACGAGUAUCCGGAACCGUACGAUCCGGAAACGUACCACAUCUCGAAGACGCAAUCGGUGUUUGUGCGAUUGCAAGGCAACCUGUUGAGACUGAGCCAUGCGAAGAACAAGGUGGCCAAAAGGGCGAUGUGGAACGAACCGGAAAUCAAAGCGAUAUUCACGCACCACCGCAUCUACAACCUGAUCGGUGCCGAAGUGCGCCUGUUGCCGCUAGGGCUGGCCAAAAAAAGGCACUGGAGCAAAAAAUACCCGAUCUGCAUCGUUUUAUCCAAAGAGCAACUCUAUUUUGAUAACCUUGUCACGAAGACCGAUACGGAAAAAGAGAAAUGCGACGAUAAGGAUAACAAAGAGAAGGAAAAAGAUAAAGAAAAGCUGCUGUCUCCGAAAGAAAAGAAAAGUUUUGGUAGAUUCAGAAGGAAAGAUUACGCUAGUCUGGCUCAACGAUUUAGUAAAUUGACCGAAGAUGAAGAUGUUGAUUUGGAUUCGGAUUCUAGGGCCAGCACGCCAUCCGCUGACGCAUCCGACAUGACAGAUUUUCUAGCAAAUGUUGAUGACGAAUCCAACAAUCAUCAGAAAAGUCCAAACCUUGACAGCUUGAACGAGGAAUGGUCCUUGUGCUCACCCGCGAAAGAGGAAGCGACAUCGUCAGAAUUGAAAAUCUACCUGUUCGGUAGGACUGACAGAGAGAAAGAAGACUGGUUCAGGAGAUUGAGCACGGCCACUCGUAAAGAAGCGAUGGACGACGAUUUGCCCCCGAAUAACAACAAGAAUAACAAUCGCUCAAAAGAAGAGCAGGCAAACGCUGACUUGGAAUACAUCAAGUUCAUGAGCUUUUUCAAGUCUGCAUCGAAAAAGUCUCCAAAACGCAUCCAAGAAAAGAACAAACAAGGCGAAGACAUGAAAUCGGCGGCGGCGGCGGCGGCGGUGGCGGCAUCUGAAGAUGAAAAGGGUGCUGCGGAGGGGGCCGAGGCGACCGCUGAAUGCGGAACAGGCGCCGACGAUCACGUGCUGUGGCUGAACACGCUCAUCGGAAGAGUGCUGUUCGAUUGCAUCAGAGACGAACGGUUCAUACAAAAGGUAAAGGAACGUAUCCAGCGAAAACUAUCGACUAUUAAACUGCCGAACUUUAUCGAGGAGUUGUUGAUUCCGGAAUUGUCGCUGGGGAAAACGUCGCCGAUCAUCCUGAAGGCCGGGAAGCCGGUAUUGGACGAACGAGGCGUUUGGAUAGAUCUGGACGUCGACUAUGAGGGAGACGUUCUGCUCACGCUACAAACCAAAUUGAACUUGAUGAGGCUGAAAAAUCCACAGCCGUACGAAAAAUCUGUGAAGAAAGUGCGUUCGGCGAUCUACCAUUCGGAUGUGGACGAUUCGGCGGAGAGCAGCUCCGACGAAGAUGCGAGCGUGCACGAGAUUCCGAACUUACCGCAAGGGGGCGAAACGGUCGCCGGCGGAGGAGGAGGAGGAGGAGGAGGCGCAGGCAGCCCGCCUAUCGUGACGCCAUCUGGCGGCAGCGGAGGGAAAAAGUUCAUCAAGAUGGUCGACAGGCUGACAGAGUCGAAAUUCUUCCAGGCGGCCACAGAUAAUAGAUAUAUCAAGAAGGCGAUGGAAGGUGUUUCUACUGAACUGCGUUUGACAGUCGAAGUGAAAUCUGUGAGCGGCACAAUAGUGCUGAACAUACCCCCACCUCCGAGCGAUCGCGUUUGGGUUGGGUUCCGACCGUUGCCGGAAAUCGUCCUGUCGGCGAGACCGAUCGUCGGAGAAAGGAACAUCAGCUACUUCAUGGUCACCAGUUGGAUCGAGAAGAAACUGUUGCAGGAGUUCCAGAAAAUCCUGGUCGUACCGAACAUGGAAGAUUUCAUAAUACCUGUGAUGAAUCCAAAACUACCAGAGUAAAAAACUUGUUAUACAAUAUUUGUAUAUUGAAGUAUUUUCCACUAAUGAAUAAAGAGUGAUGACUGAUUGUGGUACGGAAAAAACUGUGUAACGAGAUCUAGUCUGACAGAAUGAAGGGUUGACAAUUUUAGCUGUAUGUUAGUAUCAGUCGUUAUUGUUGUGCAUUUUGCAUUUACAUUUGUUAUUAUUUAUAUUCUAGUUUAUAUACUACUGUUCGAAAAAUAGAAGGAGAUAUUAUAGAAGGUGAUUCCUUGUUAAAACAUUUAUAUUAACAUGGGUCCGGAAAUGCAGUGAUUUUUUAAAUAAUAUCUCAAAAAAUACCUACUCGAUUCUGUUGAAAUUUGGCAGUAUUAUUUUUUGUAUUAAAAGGUUUAUAUAGCCUUAGAUAGGUUAACAUUAUUAGCGGCGACCCGGGGGGCACCUUAGUGAAUGUUUUUGUAACUUUAAUAUUUGUUGUUUAAUUAAGCAUCUAAAAAUACAAAUUUGCCUCUUGUAUUUUUUCGUACCUCACUUCGUUUUCAAACAAACAAAAUUGGUUUAUUAAUGUUUGCACAAAAAAAUAUGCCUGCACAGCUGUUCUAGAAAAAAAUAUUAAUUAAUUUUAUUUGCGAAAUUUCUUCAAGUUUAAUUUUUUUUAAUUUAGCACCCUGUAUAUAAACUUUUUUCAUUACUUUUAACAAGGAAUCACCCUCUAAAAUAUCUAUCACAUUUUUCGAACACCCUGUAUAACGCCAGGGCUAUGCUCAGCAAAAUAUGCUCUCCAUGUUUCUAUCAUGCGUAAUGAUUUGCUGUGUUUACCGAUUUUUAUGUUAAAUCAGACCAUGGAGGAAUUAUCGAAGAAAUCCAUAUCUGAAUCCAAAAAACACUUCCUGAUUAAUGUAAAACGCAUCCACAUUUUUUAGGUGAAAUUUUUAUUUUGUCAAGUCGCCGUUUAACAAUUUUUAUUUUGUUUUUAAUUGCUUCAGCUAUUGAUUUGAUAUUUAAAUUUCUAUAUAUAGUAUAUACAUAUAUGCAAACAAACAAUAAAAAAAAUUAAAUAAGUGAUCCAAUUGAGAAAAUUAAUAUCGACCUAUCCUGGAUGCGAUACAUUACUCCUACUCAUUUACCUUUAGCUGGGUAAUUAAUUUUCAUCACAAAAGUUUACAAACGCAUUUUUCUAAAGUUCCAUCCCUGCAAAGCUUUCAACUGCAGAAUACAUUUAUUUCACUUUUGAAAGAUUGAAAUUCUUGUCUACCUAGGUAACAUAUUUUGUAUUUUUCCAAAUGAAUUUUUAUGUAAACAGAAAAAACUCGUACGGAUUCAAACCUUCCUAUAGGUUAAAAUUGAUAAAACCAAUAUACCUAAACGUUGAACUGAAAUAGCAAAAUUCUACCUGCUCCGAGGUCUACGUGACAAAGAUUGUAUUUAUUUUUAAAUAUUUUUAUUACAUGUACAUAUCUAGCAAACAUAAGUUGUUCUUGUUGGUAAUACUAUAUAUAUAUUAAUGUAGUUUUCUUUGUUCAACAUUCAUAUAGUCCAUAAAACUUGGUUUUUAAUGUGUCUAGCAGUUUAUUUGUGUAGUAUACUGUAUAUUUUUCGAAAACAAACGGACCAAUUCUAGCAGUUUAACGCAUGACUAGCUUGAAAUGUACGCAACAGUUUCUGGAAUUCAAAAUAAAUAUGAUGUUAAUGAAGUUAUCAUCAGUAUUUAAGAGAUUGAAUAAAAACCCUAGUUGUAUUUUUAUGAGGCAAUAUGUUUUGUUUGUAGCAUUAUUUGUGACGCCUAUGCCCUAAAAACACUGACAAUUUUUAAAAAGUUAUUAGGCGAAUGUGAGAGGAUCAGUAUUUACUGUGUGCUGCGUUCAAUUAGUAUUUGUUGAUUAUUCCGUUAGUGUCAAUUGAUCCUUACGUAACCAUAUACAUAAAUUAAUAAUUAUCGACGUCCAGGCUACAUGGCCAAUAAAUAUCACAUUCCACGAUAAAUACAGACAGGUCGCAGAAAAAUACUGAUCGUGCGAUAUUCGCCUUUGUCAUUAAUUUGGUUGCACAUUAAUACGACUCGACACGGCCGUGUUUUCUACACAUAACUGUGAUAAAAAGUCCCCAGCAUGUAUAUAUGUUUACAGUUUCCUUUGCUGUUAUUAUGCGCAGGCGGUAAUAUACCUUCUUGACAUUGCAAAAACUUUUGAUGCAAUCGUCGGCGGACAAUCUCCACCCCAUACAUACAUACAUACAUAGUACGACAGUAUUCAAAGGUUUUUGUGAUCAAUACAAUGAUAUGAUCAAAUUAAUGCGGAAAUGUGUAUUUAGAUGUCUUGUGUUUCCAAAUAAAUGGAGAGAUGUUCUUAAUUUAUGUAUAUUAUCUGUUAACGUUAAUAUAAUACAAAAUGGAAUUCAUACGAGUCUUGGUCUAAAUUGAGUGAUUUUACACCAAAAUGGGUUUUAAUAUCACUUUGUUGUUUAUAGCCCUACAUCCAGGAAUGAUGAUGCUUACUUUGUUUUUGCAAAUACUUCUAUGAGAUGAUGUGGAGAGUUCAGCCGUAAUUCCCACUUGAAAAUAUAUUGUUAGGUUUUCUUAAUUGUAAAAUAGUCUAUCGAUUCCUGACAAGAGUCUGAAAAAC